GCCGAUAUCCUUCCUCAUCACUAGCCGCAGCAGGAGGAUUCAGAGAUGGAAGCAGGCGCCGGCACAGGGAAGGGCAAGAAGGGCGCGGCUGGGCGGCGAGGUGGCGACCCGAAGAAGAAGCCCGUUUCCCGGUCCAUCAAGGCCGGCCUCCAGUUCCCGGUCGGCCGCAUCGGCCGCUUCCUCAAGAAGGGGCGCUACGCUCAGCGCGUCGGCAGCGGCGCACCCGUCUACCUCGCCGCCGUACUAGAGUAUUUAGCCGCCGAGGUGCUGGAGUUGGCCGGCAACGCGGCGCGUGACAACAAGAAGAACCGGAUCGUGCCAAGGCACGUGCUGCUGGCGAUAAGGAACGACGAGGAGUUAGGGAAGCUGCUGGCUGGCGUGACCAUCGCCCACGGCGGCGUGCUGCCCAACAUCAACCCUGUGCUGCUGCCAAAGAAGUCGGACAAGGCGACGGUGGGGAAGGAGAACAAGUCUCCGGCGAAGGCCGGUAAGUCCCCUAAGAAGGCCACUUAGGAGUUCCAAAGGUCCCUCCUCUUGGCCUCCUCCGUCGAUCUGCCGUCGAAAGUCUCACAUUAUACCUAACGAUCCUCGGAUCAGUGCAUUUAGGUUAGAGAUGAUGUAUAAUGGAGCCAUGUGACUUGUAAUUGCAUAUCCCUAGAGGAAACCUUGCUUAUCAAGGAUCUGAAGAUGUAUUUCUCAUUGUUCUUAUCUGAUUCGCUUGCUUCCGUUUUUCUUAAAUGUCAAUAAUAAACUUUUCUUCAA